AUGACUAUUGUCUUACUGGUCUUUGCCUUUUCCUUGCUUCACUGCAUGACCUGUGAGAAGCCCCUAGAAGACACCAUCUUCUCUUCAGCUUGGCACUUCACCCAUCCCCUGUACAAUGCCACCAUCUGUGAAAACUCCUCUCCGAAGACCUACGUGGAGAGCAUGGAGAAAAUGGGCAUCUACCUCGCGGAGCCUCAGUGGGCAGUGAAGUACCGGAUCAUCUCUGGGGAUGUGGCCAAUGUGUUUAAAACAGAGGAGUAUGUGGUGGGCAACUUCUGCUUUCUAAGAAUAAGGACAAAAAGUAGCAACACGGCUCUUCUGAACAGGGAAGUACGAGAUAGCUAUACACUCAUUAUCCAAGCCACAGAAAAGACCUUGGAACUUGAAGCGUUGACCCACGUGGUAGUUCAUAUUCUGGACCAGAAUGACCUGAAGCCACUCUUUUCCCCACCUUCAUACAAAGUCACCAUUUCUGAGGACAUGCCCCUCAAGAGUCCCAUCUGCAAGGUGACUGCUACAGACGCUGACCUGGGCCAGAAUGCUGAGUUCUACUAUGCCUUUAACACGAGGUCGGAGAUGUUUGCCAUUCAUCCCACCAGUGGGGUGGUGACUGUGGCUGGGAAGCUCAACGUCACAUGGAGAGGGAAGCAUGAGCUCCAGGUGCUGGCUAUAGACCGCAUGCGGAAAAUCUCUGAGGGCAAUGGGUUUGGCAAUUUAGCUGCACUCGUCAUCCAAGUAGAGCCUGCCCUCUGGAAGCCCCCAGUCAUUGCCUCCGUAGUAGUGACUCCACCAGAUGACCAUGAGGGCACCACCUAUGCCACAGUAGCGGUGGAUGCCAGCAAUUCAGGAACUGAUGUGGACUCCUUGGAAAUUGUUGGUGGUGACCCUGGAAAGCACUUCAAAGCCAUCAAAUCUUAUGCCCAGAGGAAUGAGUUCAGUUUGGUGUCCAUCAAAGACAUCAAUUGGGUGGAGCACCUUCAUGGCUUCAACCUUAGCCUUCAAGCCAAAAGCAGGAGCAAACCUGCAUUUAAUUCUCAGAUCCGGGGCUUUCAUCUACCCCCUUCCCAAGUAGCUUCCCUCAAAUUUGAGCAGGCUGUUUACAGAGUACAACUCAGUGAGUUUUCACCUCCUGGGAGCCGUGUGGUGAUGGUGAAAGCCACCCCAGCCUUCCCCAACCAGAGGUAUGUUCUAAAACCAUCCUCAGAGAGUGCAGGGUUUAAACUUAAUGUGCACACCGGACUGAUCACCACUACAAAGUUCCUGGACUUCCAUGACCGAGCCCACUAUCAGUUACACAUCAGAACCUCACUGGGUUUGGCCUCCACCACGGUGGUCAUCAACAUAACAGACUGUAACAACCACGCCCCCAUCUUUAACAAGUCUUCCUAUGAUGCCAACUUUGAUGAGAAUAUCCCUCCAGGUACCAGUAUUUUGACUGUUACUGCCACAGACCAGGAUCAUGGGGAGAAUGGAUACAUCACCUAUUCCAUUGCUGGUCCCAAAGCAGUGCCAUUUUCUAUUGACCCUUACCUGGGGAUCAUUUCCACCUCCAAACCCAUGGACUAUGAGCUCAUGAAAAGAAUUUAUACCUUCCGGGUAUGGGCAUCAGACUGGGGAUCCCCAUUUCGUCGGGUAAAAGAAGUAUCCAUUUCUCUUAUGCUCAAGAACUUAAAUGAUAACCAGCCUAUGUUUGAGGAAGUCAAUUGCACUGGGUCUAUCCAUGAAGACUCUCCAGUGGGGAAAUCGUUAAUGACUGUGUCAGCUAUAGAUGUGGAUGAACUUCAGAAUCUGAAAUAUGAGAUUGUAUCUGGCAAUGAACUAGGGUAUUUUGAUAUAAAUCAUUUCUCUGGAGAAAUAUCCCUCAACCGUGCUUUUCUGAACCAUACUGGUGGUCAUCCCACCCACUAUUCCCUGAAAAUUACAGCUUCAGAUGGGAAAUACUAUGCCUUGCCCACCACAUUGAAUAUUACCGUGGUAAAGAACUCUCGUUUAGAGGUCCCUGUGACAUGUGAUAAGACAGGGGUGUUGACACAGUUCACAAAGACCAUCAUUCUCCAUUCUGUUGUGCUUCAAAAUCAGGAAUCCAGUGCUGAAGAAUUCACAUUCUUAAGCACCUAUCAGAUCAACCAUCAUAUCCCCCAGUUUGAGGACCACUUUCCCCAGUCCAUUGACAUCCUUGAGAAUGUUCCUGUCAAUACUCCACUGGCCCACCUGGCAGCCACUGACCCUGAUGCUGACUUUAAUGGUAAACUGGUCUAUGUGAUCGCAGAUGGCAAUGAGGAAGGCUGCUUUGAUAUUGAGCGGGAGACAGGGCUGCUCAGUGUGGCUGCUCCUUUGGACUAUGAGGCCACUAGUUUCUACAUCCUCAACAUAACAGUGUACGACCUAGGCAUUCCCCAGAAGUCCUCCUGGAAGCUGCUGACGGUGAAUGUAAUAGACGGGAACGACAAUGCGCCCAGAUUCCCUCCUGGUGGAUACCAGGUCACCAUUUCAGAGGACACAGAAGUUGGGAGCACAAUUGCACAGCUGAAAGCAAAAGAUGCUGACUCAGAUGACAAUGGGCGGGUCCGCUACACUCUGCUAACUCCCACAGAAAAGUUCUCCCUCCACCCCCUUACUGGGGAACUGAUUGUCACAGGACACUUGGACCGGGAAUCAGAAUCUCAGUAUAUACUCAAGGUGGAAGUCAGGGACCAGCCCAGGAAGGACCACCAGCUCUUCUCUGUCACUGAUCUGAUAGUCACAUUGGAAGAUGCCAAUGACAACUCUCCUCAGUGCUUCACAGAACUCAGCAGGCUCAAGGUCCCAGAGGACCUGCCCCCAGGGACUAUCCUGACAUUUCUGGACGCCUCUGAUCCUGACUUGGGCCCUGCGGGAGAAGUGCAAUAUGUGCUACUGGAUGAUGUCCAUGGGACCUUCCGGGUUGACCUGAUGACUGGAGCACUUAGUCUAGAGAAGGAGUUGGACUUUGAGAGGAGGGCUGGGUACAAUCUGAGUCUGUGGGCCAGUGAUAGUGGAAAGCCCCUCGCCCGUCGGACCCUGUGCCAGGUGGAAGUGAUAGUCCUGGAUGUGAAUGAGAAUCUCCACCCUCCCCGCUUUACCUCCUUUGUGCACCAAGGCCAGGUACAGGAGGACAGCCCCUCAGGAACACAGGUGAUGGUAGUGGCUGCCCAUGACAGUGACAGUGGCUUGGAUGGGGAACUCCAGUACUUCUUGCGGGCUGGCACCAGCCUUGCAACCUUCAGCAUCAACCAAGACACAGGAGUGAUUCAGACCAUGGUACCCCUGGACCGAGAAUUUGUAUCCUACUACUGGUUGACUGUACUGGCAGUGGACAAGGGCUCUGUGCCCCUCUCUUCCAUAACUGAAGUCUACAUUGAGGUUACAGAUGUCAAUGACAACCCACCCCGGAUGUCCAGACCUGUAUUCUAUCCCUCUGUCCGGGAGGAUGCACCCUUGAACACCUCUGUACUUCAGCUGGAUGCAUGGGACCCAGAUUCCAGCUCCAAUGGGAAGCUGACCUUCAACAUCACCAGUGGAAACCACAUGGGGUUCUUUGUUAUUCAUCCUCUCACAGGUCUCCUCUCCACAGCUAGGCAGCUGGACCGAGAGAACAAGGAUGAACACAUCCUGGAGGUGACCGUGCUGGACAAUGGGGAGCCUCCACUGAAGUCCACCUCCAGGGUUGUAGUACGCAUCUUGGAUGUCAACGACAAUCCACCUGUGUUCUCCCACAAACUCUUCAAUGUCCGCCUUCCAGAGAGGCUGAGCCUGGAAACCCCCAGGCCUGUGUACAGGCUGGUGGCUUCAGACUUGGAUGAGGGUCUUAAUAGCAGGAUCACCUACAGCAUCGAAGAGAGUGACGAGGAGGGCUUCAGUAUCGACCCAGUCACGGGUGUGGUGUCAUCCAGCAGAACCUUUGCAGCUGGGGAGUACAACAUCCUACCAAUCAAGGCUACAGACAGUGGACAGCCACCACUCUCAGCCAGUGUCCGGCUGCACAUCGAGUGGAUCCCCCAGCCCCGGCCCUCCUCCAUACCGUUGGCCUUUGACGAGACCCACUACAGCUUUACAGUCAUGGAGACAGACCCUGUGAACCACAUGGUGGGGGUCAUCAGUGUUGAGGGCCGCCCUGGCCUCUUCUGGUUCAACAUCUCAGGUGGUGAUAAGGACAUGGACUUUGACAUUGAGAAGACCACAGGCAGCAUUGUAAUUGCCAGGCCCCUGGACACGAGAAGGAGGGCAAGCUACAACUUAACUGUGGAGGUGACGGAUGGAUUCCACAUCAUUGCCACUCAGGUCUAUAUUUUCAUGGUCGCCAAUAUUAACCAUCAUCGGCCCCAGUUUCUGAAGUCUCAUUAUGAGGUCAGAGUUCCUCAGGACACAAUGCCUGGGGUCCAGCUUCUCCAGGUCCAGGCUACAGAUCAAGACAAAGGCAAAGGUCUCAUCUACACCAUACAUGGCAGCCAAGACCCAGGAAGUGCCAACCUCUUUCAACUGGACCCAAGCAGUGGUAUCUUGGUAACUGUUGGAAAACUGAACCUGGGAUCAGGACCCUCCCAGCAUAUGCUGACAGUUAUGGUCCGAGACCAGGAGAUGCCGAUCAAGAGGAACUUUGUGUGGGUGACCAUCCACGUGGAGGAUGAAAACCUCCACCCACCCCGUUUCAUCCAACUCCACUUCGAGGCAAGUGUGCCUGAUAGCAAAGCCCCUGGCACCGAACUGCUACAGGUCCGAGCCAUGGAUGACGACCGGGGAGCCAACGCUGAGGUCCACUAUUCCAUUCAGAAAGGCAACAGCAAAGGUUUCUUCAGCAUCAAUGCCCAACUAGGCAUCAUCACUAUAGCCCAGAAGUUUGAUCAGGCAAAUCAUGUACGGCACACCCUGACAGUGAAGGCUGAAGAUCGAGGCUCCCCACCGCGGCAUGACUUGGCUACAGUGGUUAUUCAUGUCUACCCCUCAGAUAGUAGUGCCCCCAUCUUUUCAAAAACUGAGUACUUUGUAGAAAUCUCUGAAUUAAUCACUGUUGGCUCUCCGAUCCUCCUUAUCUCAGCUACAAGCUCCUCCGAAGUUACCUAUGAGUUAAGAGAGGGAAACAAGGAUGGUGUAUUUUCCAUGAAUUCAUAUUCUGGCCUCAUCUCCACUCAGAAGACCUUGGACCAUGAGAAAAUCUCAUCUUACCAGUUGAAAAUCCGAGGCAGCAACAUGGCAGGUGUAUCAACAGAUGUCAUGGUGCUAGUUUAUAUAAUUGAUGAAAAUGAUAAUGCACCUGUGUUCUUAAAGCCAACUUUUGUGGGUCAAAUUAGUGAGGCUGCUCCCAUGCACAGCAUGGUCGUGGAUGAAAACAACAGCCCUUUUGUGAUUCGUGCCACCGACAGUGACAAAGAAGCAAAUUCCUUAUUGGUCUAUAAAAUUUUGGAGCCAGAAGUCUCAAAGUUUUUCAAAAUUGAUCCCAGUAUGGGAACACUGACUAUUACAUCAGAGAUGGAUUAUGAAAGCAUGCCUUUAUUCCAAUUCAGUGUCUAUGUCCACGACCAAGGAAGCCCCAUCUUAUUUGCACCUAAGGCUGCCAACAUUAUCAUCAAUGUGAAAGAUGUGAAUGACUCUCCUCCCAGGUUCUUAGACCCAAUAUAUGAAGUAGCAGUUGUUCAGCCCAUUCAUCAGGGAAUGGAGCUUCUCAUGGUUCAGGCUAGCGAUGAUGACUCAGAAAUCAAUUAUAGCAUCAAAACAGGCAAUGCUGAUGAAGCUGUCACCAUCCAUCCAAUCACUGGCCUCAUCUCUGUGCUGAAUCCUGCUCUCCUGGGACUCUCUCGAGAGCUCACUAUCAGGGCUUCUGAUGGCCUGUAUCAAGACACUGCACUGGUAAAAAUUACUUUGACCCAAGCCCUCAACACAAGCUUACAAUUUGACCAGGAUGUCUAUUGGACAUCAGUUCAGGAGAACUUGCAGAACAAGAAGGCAUUGGUGAUUCUUGGUGUCCAGGGAAAUCAUUUGAAUGAUACCCUUUCCUACUUCCUCUUGAAUGGAACAGAUCUGUUCUGUAUGGUCAGAUCAGUAGGCGUGUUGCAGACAAGCGGUGUGGCAUUUGACCGAGAACAUCAGGACAUUCAUGAGGUGGCUGUGGAAGUGAGAGACAAUCGGACCCCUCAGCGAGUGGCUCAGGCUGUGGUCAGAGUUUCCAUUGUUGAUGUUAAUGAUCAUCCCCCUCAAUUUCAGCAUCUACCCUACUACACGACCAUUCAAGAUGGCACAGAGCCAGGCGAUGUCCUCUUCCAAGUAUCUGCCACCGAUCAGGAUUUGGGGGUAAAUGGAACUGUCACAUAUGCAUUUGCAGAAGACUACACAUAUUUCCGAAUUGACCCUUACCUUGGAGACAUAUCACUUAAGAAACCCUUUGAUUAUCAAGCUUUAAAUAAGUAUCGCCUCAAAGUCAUUGCUAGAGAUAGAGGCACCCCAUCCCUCCAGACGCAGGAAGAGGUUCUUGUCACAGUGAGAAAUAAAUCCAACCCUUUGUUUCAGAGUCCUUACUACAAAGUCAGAGUGCCUGAAAAUAUUACACUUUAUACCCCAAUCCUCCACACUCAGGCCCGGAGCCCAGAGGGGCUCCGGCUCAUCUACAACAUUGUAGAGGAAGAACCUUUGAUGUUAUUCACCACUGACUUCAAGACUGGUGUCUUAAUGGUGACAGGACCAUUGGACUAUGAAUCUAAGAUCAAACACGUAUUCACAGUCAGAGCCACAGAUACAGCUCUGGGGGCAUUUUCUGAAGCCACAGUGGAAGUCCUGGUGGAGGACAUCAAUGAUAACCCUCCCAUUUUCUCCCAAUUGGUCUACACCACUUCAGUCUCUGAAGGCUUGCCUGCACAGACCCCUGUGAUUCAACUGUUGGCUUCUGACCAGGACUCAGGGCAAAAUCGGGAUGUUUCCUAUCAGAUCGUGGAGGAUGGGUCAGAUGUUUCAAAAUUCUUCCGGAUCAAUGGGAGUACAGGGGAAAUGUCCACAGUUCAAGAGCUAGAUUACGAAGCUCACCAACACUUUUAUGUGAAGGUCAGGGCCAUGGAUAGAGGAGACCCUCCACUCACUGGUGAAACCCUUGUGGUUGUCAAUGUGUCUGACAUCAAUGACAACCCCCCAGAGUUCCGACAACCCCAAUAUGAGGCCAAUGUCAGUGAAUUAGCUACCUGUGGACAUCUGGUUCUCAAAGUCCAAGCAAUUGACCCCGACAGCAGAGACACCUCUUGUUUGGAGUACCUGAUUCUUUCUGGCAAUCAGGACCGGCACUUCUCCAUUGACAGCUCAUCAGGAAUCAUUUCCAUGUUUAAUCUUUGCAAAAAGCACCUGGACUCUUCUUACAGAUUGAAGGUAGGUGCUUCUGAUGGUGUCUUCCAAACAGUUGUGCCUGUGUACAUCAACACCACAAAUGCAAACAAGUACAGCCCAGAGUUUCAGCAGCACGUUUAUGAGGCAGAAUUAGCAGAAAAUGCAAAGGUAGGAACCAAAGUGAUAGAGUUGUUAGCCAUAGAUAAAGAUAGUGGUCCCUAUGGCUCUGUGGAUUAUACCAUCAUCAACAAAUUAGCGGGUGAGAAGUUCUCCAUACACCCCAAUGGCCAGAUCACCACGUUGCAGAAACUGGAUCGAGAAAACUCAACAGAAAGAGUCAUUGCUAUUAAGGUGAUGGCUCGGGAUGGAGGAGGAAGAGUGGCCUUCUGCACUGUGAAGAUCAUCCUCACAGAUGAGAAUGACAACCCUCCACAGUUCAAAGCAGCUAAGUACACCGUGUCCAUUCAGUCCAAUGUCAGUAAGGACUCUCCAGUUAUCCAGGUGCUGGCUUACGAUGCAGACGAAGGUCGGAAUGCAGAUGUCACCUAUUCAGUGGACUCAAUGGAGGGCCUAACUGAAGAGGUCAUUGAAGUCAACCCAAGCACUGGUGUUAUCAAGGUGAAAGAGAGCCUGGUGGGAUUGGAAAACCAAGCCUUUGACUUCAAAAUCAAAGCCCAAGAUGGCGGCCCACCUCACUGGGACUCACUGGUACCAGUUCAACUCCAGGUGGUUUCUAAUGAAGCACCCUUGCCCAAAUUUUCUGAACCCCUGUAUACUUUCUCUGCACUUGAAGACCUUCCAGAAGGGUCAGACGUUGGGCUUGUUAAAGCAGUGGCGGCUCAGGACCCAGUCAUCUAUAGUCUAGUGCAGGGCACCACACCAGAGAGCAACAAGGAUGGUGUCUUCUCCUUGGACCAAAACACAGGGGUCCUAAAAGUGAGGAAAGCCAUGGACUAUGAAUCCACAAAGUGGUACCAGAUUGAUGUCAUGGCACAUUGCUCCCAUGAGGACACCGACUUGGUCUCCUUGGUCUCUAUUAACAUCCAAGUAAAGGAUGUCAAUGACAACAGGCCUGUUUUUGAGGCUGAUCCGUAUAAGGCCUUCCUCACUGAGAAUAUGCCAGUGGGGACCACAGUCAUUCAGGUGACUGCCAAUGACCAGGACACUGGGAGUGAUGGCCAGGUGAGCUAUAGACUGGCAGUGGACCCUGGUAACCAUGCCCAUGAGCUGUUUGCCAUUGACAGCGAGAGUGGCUGGAUCACCACACUCCAGGAACUUGACAGUGAGACCCGUCAGACCUAUCGCUUCCAUGUAGUGGCCUAUGACCAUGGUCGCACCCUCCGGCUAUCUUCUCAGGCCUUGAUUGAGGUUUCCAUCACAGAUGAGAAUGACAAUGCUCCUCGUUUUGCUUCUGAAGAUUACAGAGGAUUUGUGGUUGAAAACAGAGAACCUGGUGAACUUGUGGCCACUUUGAAGACUCUGGAUGAUGAUAUUUCUGAGCAGAACAGACAGGUCACCUGCUACAUCACAGAGGGAGACCCCCUGGGCCAGUUUGGCAUCAGCCAAGUUGAGGAUGAGUGGAGGAUUUUCUCAAGGAAGACCCUGGACCGCGAACUCGUGGCCAAGUACUUGCUCAGCGUUACAGCCUCCGACGGCAAGUUUCAGGCUUCAGUCCCUGUGGAGAUCUUUGUCCUGGACAUCAAUGAUAACAGCCCCCAGUGCUCACAGCUGCUCUAUGCCGGCAAAGUCAGGGAAGAUGUAUCUCCAGGACACUUCAUUCUGAAAGUUUCUGCAACAGACUUGGACAGCGACACCAACGCUCAGAUCAUGUAUUCUCUCCAUGGUCCUGGGACUGAGGCGUUCAAGCUGGACCCCCAUACAGGGGAGCUAACCACCCUCACAGCUUUAGACCGUGAAAGGAAGGAUGUGUACAACCUUGUUGCCAAGGCUACAGAUGGAGGUGGCCGGUCAUGCCAGGCAGAAGUGAUUCUCCACGUGGAAGAUGUGAAUGACAAUGCCCCACGGUUCUUCCCCAGCCACUGUUCCGUGGCUGUCUUUGACAAUACCACAGUUAAGACACCCGUGGCUGUGGUAUUUGCCCGAGAUCCUGACCAAGGCACCAAUGCCCAGGUGGUUUACUCUCUGACGGGGUCUGCUGAUGGUCACUUUUCCAUCGAAGCCACCACGGGCGUGAUCAGGCUGGAGAAGCCACUGCGAGACAGACCGCAGGCCAUGCUGGAGCUCACGGUCCGUGCCUCUGACCUGGGCACGCCGACGCCGCUCUCCACACUGGGCACCGUCACAGUCUCAGUGGUGGGCUUGGAUGACUACCUGCCUGUGUUCCUGAGCACCGAGCACAGCGUGCUGGUGCCUGAGGAUGCCAGGCCUGGCUUCGAGGUGCUAUAUCUGGCCACCCUCACUCGGCCAGGCGCAGAGAAGACGAGCUAUGGCAUCGUCAGUGGGAACCAGCAGGGCAGCUUCCACCUGGAUGCUAGUACAGGGAUCCUGUAUGUCAAUAGGAGCUUGGACUUUGAGACAAGCCCCAAGUACUUCCUGUCCAUUGAGUGUAUCCGAAAGGACUCUUCCUCCCUCAAUGACAUGACCACAAUCGUGGUCAACAUCACUGAUGUCAACGAACACCAGCCCAGGUUCCCCCGGGAUCUGUACAGUGUGAGGGUCUUGGAGAAUGCCUUCGUGGGUGACAUCAUCCUUACAGUGUCAGCAACUGAUGAAGAUGGACCCCUCAAUAGUGCCAUCACCUAUAGUCUGGUAGGAGGGAAUCAGCUUGGGCACUUCACUGUCCACCCCAAAAAGGGACAGCUACAGGUGGCCAAGGCCUUGGACUGGGAGCAGAUUUCUAGCUACUCGCUAAGGCUCCGAGCCACAGACAGCGGACAGCCCCCACUCCAUGGAGACACAGACAUCGAUAUCCAAGUGGUUGAUGUCAACGAUAAUUCGCCUAGAUUCUUCCAGCUUAACUACAGCACCAGCAUCCAGGAGAACUCCCCUGUCGGCAGCAAAGUCCUGCAGCUGAUCCUGAGUGACCCAGACUCCCCAGAGAAUGGCCCCCCCUACUCAUUCCAGAUCAACAAGGGGAACAUCGGCUCUGCCUUCCAUGUGACCCCAGAUGGGUGGUUAGUAACCACUGUGGGCCUGAGCAGGAGGGUACAGGAAUGGUAUGAGCUGCAGAUCGAGGUGUCAGACAGUGGUGUCCCUCCCCUCUCCUCUUUGACGUCUGUCAGCGUCCACAUCACAGAACAGAGUCAUUAUCCACCUUCUGCCCUCCCCCUGGAGAUCUUCAUCACCAUUGGGGAGGAGGAGUUCCAGGGUGGCAUGGUGGGUAAAAUCCAUGCCACAGACCGAGACCCCCAGGACACGCUGACUUACAGCCUAGCAGGAGAAGAAACCCUGAGCAGGCGCUUCUCAGUGGGUGCUUCUGAUGGUAAGAUUAUCGCCACCCAGGGAUUGCCUCGUGGCCGCUACUCAUUCAACGUCACCGUCAGUGAUGGAACAUUCACCACCACUAUUGGGGUCCAUGUCCACGUGUGGCAUGUGGGCAGGGAGGCUUUGCAGCAGGCCAUGUGGCUGGGCUUCCACCAGCUCACUCCGGAGGAACUGGUGAGUGACCACUGGAGGAACCUGCAGAGAUUUCUCAGCAACAAGCUGGACAUCAAACGAGCCAACAUCCACUUGGCCAGCCUUCAACCUGCAGAGGCCUUGGCUGGUGUGGAUGUGCUCCUGGUCUUUGAGGGACAUUCUGGAACUUUCUACAAGCUCCAGGAGCUGGCAUCCAUUGUCACUCGCUCAGCCAAGGAGAUGGAGCACUCUGUGGGCAUUCAGAUGAGGUCAGGCAUGCCUGUGGUGCCCUGCCAGGGGCCAAGCUGCCAGGGUCAAAUCUGCCAAGAGACAGUGCACCUGGACCCCAAGGUUGGACCCACAUACAGCACAGCCAGGCUCAGCAUCCUGACCCCUCGGCACUACCUGAAGAAGAACUGUUCCUGCAAUGGUACUGCUGUGCAGUUCAGUGGUCAGAGCUACGUGCGUUACCGUCUCCCAGAAACUCAGAACUGGAACAUCCAUUUCCGUCUGAAAACACUCCAGCCACAGGCCAUUGUGUUGUUCACCAAUGGGACAGUGUCUGUCACCCUGAGGUUGGUUGGUGGAGUGCUCCAGCUGGACUAUCAAUGCCCAGGUGAUUUCCAUAGAAACCUUUCCUCCCGGAGCCACGUGAAUGAUCAAGAGUGGCACACCAUCCUGCUGGAGAAGACCUCCAACUCCACUCACCUGUGGGUUGAUGGUGCAAGAAAUGACUUCCUUGUGCUCCCAGAAAACUGCCAGGGCCUGGAACCUAAAAGAGACCUCUUGUUGGGUGGCCUCGUCCCCUUGCAUUCUUCCCAAAAUGUCUCUCAGGGCUUUGAAGGCUGCCUGGAUGCUGUUGUGGUCAACAGAGAGGCACUGGAGCUGCUGGUCCAUGGCAGGAAGAUGACCCGCUUGUUGGAGACGAAGGCCCUCACACAGUGCUGCCCCCUCAGUGAUGACUGCAGCCAGGACAGGUGCCUCAAUGGUGGGAAAUGCUCCCAGACCCACAGAGCAGGCUAUGUUUGUGAGUGUCCCCCACAGUUCUCUGGGAAGCACUGUGAACAAGGAAGGGAGAACUGCACGUCUGCAUCCUCCCCUGAAGGAGCUUCCUGUAGCUGUCCUUACCCUUACACGGGAGACAGGUGUGAAAUGAAGGCAAGAGGUUGCUCAGAAGGAGAAUGUUUAGUCACUCCUAAUAUCAAAAGAGGGGACUGGGGACAGCAGGAGUUACUGAUCAUCAUAAUGGCAGUACUGGCCAUUUCCUCCAUUGUGGCCAUUUUUGGGCUUCUCGUCUACUGCUUCCGUUGCAAGUCUCACAAACCUGUGGCUAUGGAGGACCCAGACCUCCUGGCUAGGAGCAUUGGUGUUGAUACCCAAACCAUGCCUAUCAUCGAGCUUAACCCCCUGAACACCAGCUCCUGUAACAACUUGAACCAAGAAGAGCCCAGCAAGGCUUCAGUCCCGAAUGAACUCGUUACCUUUGGACCCAGCUCCAAGCAACGUCCAAUGGUCUGCAGUGUGCCUCCCAGACUCCCACCUGCUACAGUCCCUUCCAGUUCCGACAAUGAGCCCAUCAUCAAGAGGACCUGGUCAGGUGAGGAGAUGGUGUAUCCAGGUGGAGCUGCAGUUUGGCCCCCUACUUACUCCAGGAAGGAAUGCUGGGAGUAUCCCCAUGCUGACGUGAUCCAGGGUCCUCUGCCUCCCUCGCCUCAUCACCACUCAACCCCAGCCAUGAUGCCAGAGCCCAAUGGCCUCUAUGGGGGUUUUCCCUUCCCACUGGGGCUAGAAAACAAGCGGGCCCCCCUCCCACCCCGUUACAGCAAUCAGAACCUGGAAGAUCUGAUGCCCCCACAGCCCCACAGCCCCCGGGAGCGUCUGCUCGACCCCUGUCUCAAUGAGUACACAGCCAUUAGCUACUACCACUCACAGUUCCGGCAAGAAGCGGGAGGGCACAGACUGGCAGAGGGGGGCUAUAAGGGGGUAAGUAUGCGGCUCAGCCGUGCGGGGCCCUCUUAUGCCGACUGUGAGGUAGAGGGUGGGCCUCCCACUGGCCGGGGCCAGCCCCAGGCCCCCCCGCACUAUGAGGGCUCUGAUAUGGUGGAGAGUGAUUACGGCAGCUGUGAGGAGGUUAUGUUCUAG